GCGGCGGUUGGCCGGGUCGGCGGUUGCGCGGCGCCGCGCGCCUCUCUGAGGGUCGGCGCAGGAGCCCGGGGACGCCUCGCUAGCAGAGCGGCGGCGGGGCCGAGCGAGAGGCCCCCGCGGAGUGGCCGGGGCUCCGACGGGGUCGGGAGGACGCCCGCAGCGGGCGAGAGCACGCGUCCGCGGCGCUUCCCCGGCGGGCGACGCGGGAGGCGACAGCGGUGUGCGCUCGGCGGCUGAGGCGCCCCGCGUGGGUGGGAGUGGCGGCUGCGGAGGGGCACCGCGUCGCCGCGGGGUUUUAUCCUUCCGAGUCUCACAAAUCCUGGAACUGUUCCUGAUCAUAUGAAAUAGUGAAUAAAAAGGAUAAAAGCUUCAGGAUAUAAAAGAUGGUAAGUCCAGAUAGAAGUAAGCGGAAGAUACUAAAAGCCAAAAAAACCAUGCCUGCAAGUUGCCGGAAGCAAGUAGAAAUCCUGAAUAAGUCAAAGAAUGUCGAAGCACUGAAAACAGCAAGUGGGAAUAAUCUAUCAAGUGGUAAUCAGAAUUCAAAUACCAGUGUCGUAACUAGCAUAUAUGGACAGUCUGAAAAUGCUGCUUCCUUGCUGGACUCUAAUAAAAAUUCAGUAUGCUCGGUGAAAAGUAAAGUUUUGUCUCAGAAUGUAAUGAAACCACUAGAAACUGUUGAUUCAGAAACAAGAUCAGAAUACACUCAAGAACAAGUUGUGUGCCCUUCCCAAAAGCCAAGUAAAACAAUAGAAUCUUCUGGGAAACCCUUUACACAAGAGACAAAAGAUUCACAAAACACUUCUAAAAAUCAUUUGGAAUGUCAGACAGAUGUAACAAGGUCCUAUUUUGAACAACGUGAAGAGGAUUGUGAUCUGAAAUCCAUUUGUUGUCCGUCCAGUUUAUGCAGUGGUAUGGUUCCAAUACCAAAAUCUACAGUAAACACCUUGGAUGAUAAGAGAAUCGACAAGAUCGUUUCCCAUUUAGAAAUGAACUCCAUUUCCGAGUCACAUGAUAAAAGACAAAGUGACAUUUUAAGUUCAGAUACCCAUUUUGUGCCUUUUGAUAAAAUACCUAAGUUGGUGAAUUCAGUCAUCUCCAGUAACUGUCCUGCUGACAUGUUGAAAAGUGACGAAUCCUGUAGAACCGGUCAUUCCAGCGUUUCAAAUUGUGACAAUGCAGACUCAACGUGGCCAUCAGCACUCGACACAGAUAGUAAUAACAGCCAUAAUCAAAAGAAGAGGAUGUUUUCAGAAAAAAAAGAACAUGUUAAGCGCAUGAAAACUUCAGAGCAAAUUGAUGAAAAUAUUUGUGUAGCUCUGGAAAAGCAAACAGCAUUGCUGGAACAGGUCAAACAUUUGAUUCAACAGGAGAUCUAUAGUGUAAAUUACAAACUAUUUGAUAACAAACUGAAAGAACUGACUGAACGCAUUGGGAGGACACAGUGCAGGAAUAAACAUGAAGCAGUAGCUGAUGAACUCUUCGCGAAAAUAUCCAAACUUCAAAGACGCAUUAAAACAGUAUUGCAAACUCAAAAGAAUUGCUUGGAACCAAAUGUAUUAACCAAUAACACAGCCUGUAAGGUUACAAAUUCAGAGACGAAUUUGGAUAAGAGCCCAGAGUCAGUCAGUAGUCCAGAUAAAAGAAAGACUUCGGUGAACUCUGAAUCUGCUAACCCUUCACAAAAUGCGAGUGAAAAGAUUAAUUUAUCAAGGAAACAUGAUGCUGUUUCUGAAAGUAACAAUGAUGAUGUUAUGUUGAUUUCUGUGGAAAGUCCUAAUUUGACAGCUCCAAUUACAUCAAAUCCAACAGAUACUGGAAAACCUACAUCAGGAAAUUCUAACAGUCUACCAAAUGCUGAAACAGAAGUUCAGGCAAAAUCUUGUUUAACAACAACUUUUCAGGCCACAGAGAAAAAGAAAUUUGAUUCUGUGAUCGAUCUGACAAAAGAAGCCCGAUCAAACUGCAACGCAGAAAGUUCAGUAUCCACCCUGGAGUCACCCGCAAAAGCGGUUUCAACCUCAAAAGAGACAACCCCAGUGGCACAAAAUGCAGCCCAGGCUCCUGAGUCCUUUGAGCACCUGCCGCCUCUCCCAGAACCACCACCACUGCUGCCCGAGCUUGUAGACAAAACCCGAGACACGCUUCCCCCGCAGAAGCCUGAGCUCAAAGUGAAGCGGGUGCUGAGACCCAGGGGCAUCGCGCUGACUUGGAACAUCGCUAAAAUCAACCCCAAGUGUGCCCCUGUGGAAAGCUAUCACCUCUUUCUCUGCCAUGACAACCCUAGUAAUAAGUUUAUUUGGAAGAAAAUCGGAGAAAUUAAAGCUUUACCACUCCCAAUGGCCUGUACUCUAUCUCAGUUUUUAGCUUCCAACAAAUACUAUUUUACCGUCCAGUCAAAAGACAUUUUUGGACGAUAUGGACCAUUUUGUGAUAUAAAAUCUAUCCCUGGGUUUUCUGAAAAUCUCACCUAAAAGUCUUUGGUGAUUAUUUAUUGUAUCGCACUGUUUUGUUUUUUCAUUUUUGAGUUGUUGGUUUACAGUGUUCCUCUAACACUAUUUGCCAGGGGCCAGUUCAGAUUGUGAACCCUUUGAACAGGGACAGGCCUCGUCCUUAUGUUGUAAGUGACGUCUCAUUUCAUGAAUUUCUGAUUUGCGUUCAAUAAGUACUCCCAGAAGAUAUGUUCUAAAACAUACGCUUCCCUGGACUCACGUCACUUCGGCUGUGCUGUGUACAUAACCUCUGGGACUAUGGAGGCGCUGCUGUUCUGUCUCCAAAGCCCUAGGAUACGAGCAGCCACUUCUUGUGCCUUUGGAAAGCAGCGUUCGGUGCCCUGCUUUUGUGGUCAGUGUAGCUACAAGAAAAAUCAGCUCUCUGCUGAGGAACGGUCAUCCCUGGGGUGCUCACCAAGAUUUUACGAAAAUAAAUGUCUUCUCCUUCUGUUCAAAUCCUAAGGGCUUGUCAUUUGCCCUCUCCCUGUGUUUUUCUUUUUGGCCCUGUCAGUCAUUUGGGGAAAGAGCCUGGAGGUUUUCCCUAAAUUUGUUUGUAUAUUUCGAUAUCUAUAAUAAAAUUAGUUACACACUGUGUGCUGUGUAUACAAAACACAGAGUAUCUCUGAUAAGAACAGUAUCCAACCCUCUAUUUCAGCUCCAGAAAAUGGAGUUGUCUGCCUGAGGUUCAAGGCUUUCCUUUGCUGACUCCUCAGUGCUACUCUCUGUUCAUUUGCUGGCUGCCGUCAUACUCGGAGAGAGGACGUAACACUAAGGGGCCCCGAGAGAUGCGGCCCGUGAACCCCUCUGAGGGACACUAAAGUGAGGCGGCAGCCAGCACAAGCUCCCCAGGAAACCGUGAGCAGACUGGAUACGUGUACUUCAGGGCCCAGGGGGUGGUGAGAAAAGGAACACCAACUCUUAGUGUGAAGAAUCGUCUGUUCGGGAGGUGUCCUUUCCCGGUUUGUAGUGAAAGCUCAGUCCUCUGAGCUCUGAGAUUUCAAAAAUUGAACGAGGAAUGGUUUUCCUUGGCAUUUUGUGAAUAUCUUCACAUCUCCAGUCAUAAAUAAAGCUAUUAUUUUACGGUC